GCAAGAGGUGCACUUUGCGCUUCUCGGUCUUUGGUGUCGUUUGUGGCUUUUGGAGUUUUUUUUUAAAAAUUGAAAAAACCUACUAAUACUUUCACCCCCCUCAAAGCAGCCAGUAUGAGGGAGAUCGUGCACGUUCAGGCCGGCCAGUGCGGCAAUCAGAUCGGGGCUAAGUUUUGGGAAGUGAUCAGUGAUGAACAUGGCAUUGAUCCCACUGGAACCUACCAUGGUGACACUGACCUGCAGUUGGAGAGGAUUAAUGUCUACUAUAAUGAAGCUUCAGGUGGCAAAUAUGUGCCCCGUGCUGUCCUUGUGGACCUGGAACCUGGUACCAUGGACUCUGUACGUUCUGGGCCAUUUGGUCAGAUCUUCAGACCAGAUAACUUUGUGUUUGGGCAAAGUGGUGCUGGGAACAACUGGGCCAAAGGUCACUACACAGAAGGAGCUGAACUGGUUGACUCUGUUCUGGAUGUGGUGAGAAAGGAGGCUGAGGGGUGUGAUUGCCUCCAGGGAUUCCAGCUUACCCAUUCACUGGGUGGUGGUACUGGCUCUGGCAUGGGCACACUCCUUAUUAGUAAGAUCCGUGAAGAAUACCCUGACAGAAUCAUGAAUACCUUCAGUGUUGUGCCUUCACCAAAAGUGUCAGACACUGUAGUAGAGCCAUAUAAUGCAACUCUUUCUGUCCAUCAGCUUGUAGAGAACACAGAUGAGACCUUCUGUAUUGAUAAUGAGGCUCUGUAUGACAUUUGUUUCCGAACCCUCAAACUCACAACACCCACUUAUGGUGACCUGAACCAUCUUGUGUCAGCUACCAUGAGCGGUGUAACAACCUGUCUACGUUUCCCCGGUCAGCUCAAUGCUGACCUGCGUAAACUAGCAGUGAACAUGGUCCCCUUUCCCCGUCUACACUUUUUCAUCCCAGGUUUUGCUCCUCUGACCAGCCGUGGCAGCCAACAUUACCGUGCCCUCACAGUACCUGAGCUUACCCAACAGAUGUUUGAUGCCAAGAACAUGAUGGCUGCUUGUGACCCCCGACACGGCCGCUACCUGACCGUUGCUGCCAUUUUCCGAGGCCGCAUGUCCAUGAAAGAAGUGGAUGAACAGAUGUUGAACGUCCAGAACAAAAACAGCAGCUAUUUUGUUGAAUGGAUCCCCAAUAAUGUCAAGACAGCUGUCUGUGACAUCCCACCUAGAGGCCUCAAGAUGUCUGCCACCUUUAUUGGCAACAGUACAGCCAUCCAGGAGCUGUUUAAACGUAUCUCUGAGCAGUUCACUGCCAUGUUCCGGAGGAAAGCCUUCUUGCAUUGGUACACUGGUGAGGGCAUGGAUGAAAUGGAGUUUACAGAAGCUGAGAGUAAUAUGAAUGAUCUGGUAUCUGAGUACCAGCAAUAUCAGGAUGCUACAGCUGAGGAAGAGGGUGAAUUUGAGGAGGAUGAAGAGGUUGCCUAAGCAGUAUUGUGGUCAGAGCUAAGAAUUUCAUUUUGAGACUUGUCUAAUGUCUUUUUCUUCCUAUACUUUACUCAUGUGUUCUGCAUUUCUCCUAUCUUGAAACUGUAAAAAUUCAGUUGUAACCUGGUGGUAUCUGCAGCAUUGACUUGUAUAUUUGGAAUCACUGUAUACAUGUGAUACUUAUGGUUCUGUUAACCUUCUCCCCCUGAAAUAAACCUCCUUUUUGGAGGGAGUCCUGGCAGUUUCUCCCCAGCUAAGAAAUUACUAAGUCUGCCAUAUUGGACCUGUUCAAAAAAUUGUUGGGAGGUUUGAUACAGAACCUCUGACAUACCUACUGGGAUCUGUUGUGACUAGGAUACAGAUAGCAAAGCCAGUUAAACCUGACUUCUCUAUCUGUGUAGAGCUUCUUAAAGUGGAGACACUGGCUUGUCUCUAACACUGACUGCCGUUUCAUCAUGAAAUAAAUUUUUACAGUCCAUAAAUUUUAACCAGGGCUUUAAGGAGUAUCAUUUUGAGACAUCAUGAAUUUCUGGCUAGACUUCAAACUUGUGAAAGUGAAAUUAUGAAAUAUGGAUCAGUGCCACUACUGAUGCAGAAGAUUUUCCAUUGCUACUAUACCUAUUCAGUAGGGUUGCCACAGCCCUGUUUGUUCUCGCCAACUGUCACAUGUUGUCAUUCCUGUGAAUUGGUCAGAGUACUUUCUGAAAGCUGUUUGCAUUUUUAUAACUUUAAAGGUGGCUUUGCUCAGCAACCAAACUCCAGCUGUGAACCUACCCACUCUAAUAUUACUGCUUUUCUAAAGUGGCAGCCCUAGUGUUAAAGCAGACUCAUUCAAAACUUCUGCAAAGGUUGAAAGUAACUGCCAGCACUCCAGGCAGAAUGUGCAAACAUCAUGUUUUGUUGGCAUCUUCAUCGGUGUCACUAAGUUUUGAGCUGAUGUUCUGAGACCUUUGUAUGGACACUGCUCCUGUAAAAUAAAUCAUGUUUGACCAUUAAAUUACACAGCACAAUUUACCUUGGAA